CCUAACACCACUUUACAUUGUUUGGGUAUAAUUGUCUUAAUUUUUCCAUUGAACUGAAGUUAUGGCAACUGUAGUAGAACUACAGAACAGAAUGGAGCCAUGGUUCGAACUCGACAAGGUUGUAAUGGUAACCGGCGCGUCGUCCGGGCUCGGCUGGGAGUUUUGUUUGGACUUAGCCGAAUCCGGAUGCAGAGUUAUAGCGGCAGCCAGGCGCGCUGAUCGACUCGAAUCACUUUGUAGUAAAAUCAACGAGAUAUUUCCACAGACAGCCUACGGCGAGCCUGUUCGAGCAUGCCCUACAGCCGUGGCCGUGGAGCUCGACAUCAGCGCGAGCGAGAAGGUCAUUGCCAGCCGUGUCAAUGAGGCAUGGGACAUUUUUGGAAAAAUCGAUGUUUUAAUCAACAAUGCCGGCGCAAGAGAACGCCUCCACGGUCCAUUAGAUCUAUCAUGCGAGGAAUGGGACAAGAUUAUCCGAACUAACCAGACGGGGACAUGGUUGGUGUCCAAAUGUGUGUGCCGCCGUAUGCGCGAGGCUCGUCUCGGGGGUUCCAUUAUUAAUGUCUCAUCCCUUGCGGCGCUUGAUCGCGUGGUGUUUCACGGUGGCCAUGCGUACGCUGCUUCGAAGGCUGCCCUCAACACAAUCACUAAGGUAAUGGCUAUGGAACUUGGAGAGUACAAUGUAAGAGUAAACGCGAUCGUGCCGGGGCUUCUAAAAUCAGAGAUAACUCGGGAGCUGAUGCAGAAGUCGUCGCUCGAGAAUGCGAUCGUGAGAACAGUCCCGUUGCACUCUUUCGGGACGGUUAAUUCAGCAUUGGGAUCAAUUGUGAAAUACUUGAUCUAUGAGUCGCCUCAAUAUGUGACCGGGAAUGUUUUCAUUGUUGAUGGCGGCUAUACUUUGGCUGGGGUCCCUAUUUUCUCAUCUCUUUAG